AUGGCACGCUGUUUACCAGAUAUUGUUGGAACUGAACUGUACAAGAGAAUCCCAUUUCUAUUCACUGAAGAACUAUCAUCCAAAAAUGUGUUUCUAAGGUUGCCAGACGCAUUCACACCUAUUGAGCGUAUGCUUUUGCAGGCCAAUGGAAACCUUCAGCGUAUAUUAUCAGCCUACUAUAAUGUACCAAGUCGUGUCGAGAUUAUCAAGAAUGAAGCAAUCUCUCCAAUUAAUAAUGAUUCAGGAGAAGCAAAGACUAUGCAGUUUGAACGCAAGAUUGUCAUGUAUUUUGGUGAACACAGAGCGUAUGAAGCAGAUUCUGUAUUAGUUGUCAGAGAUCAGAAUGUAUUAGAUCUGAUCGAAAAGCACAAAUACGGACUGGGUCAAAUUUUUGGUCACACUCGUAGAUCACCUGACUUUGUCCUGCAUGCUGUUGGUCGUCAUGGAACUAAGCCUGGAGCCAGUUUCUGGCGUGACUACAGUUUGACAAUCCCAGAGGUCUUGGACUGCUUUGUACGAGAGAUCUUUGUGGAAGGUCUACUGGAACCGUCUGGUGGUUGCCAGAAUACUAUUGCCCCCGCCGAUUCUGCAGUCGACCCCGGUGCUGCUGCUGCGGGAACAAUAUGGGUCAGCGAUUCUUAA